GUGCGGGGCGGCUGGGCCACAGGGAACGGCCCCAGCUUUGCUGGCUCCCCUGGCCCUGCACGGACAGCUGCUGUUACCUCCUGCCUGGGAGCAGUCGCUGGGCCGGGGAAGUGCUGGGGACUGGACAUCUGGGGGGCCCAAAGACACAGGACGCAGGGGUACUCUGACCUCAGAGUGCUGGGAACAGCUGCUGCGGCAUGAACUCCCUGAGCUGAUGAGUCUUAUUAUAGACCAGCGGGUGGAAGACAGAGCACCGCACCUCACCUCUCUGGCGAAGGUGGAGGGGAAGCAGGAGCCCAUUAGGUGGCAAGAGCCAGGCCUGGGCCUCACACCCGACGCAGAAGCACACUCUGCCUCCUCGGGGGCCAUGGACUGACAGGUAGCACACACCGAGGGGCUCGUCUAUCCCCAGAGGUGCAGGGCCGUAAGAGCUGCGGCAUUCACCAUGCUGGCCCGGGGCAGUGGCCCCGAGCAGAGGACCAGGCUUGCUCUGCAGUGGAGGCAGAUCUCCUGGAUUGCCUGCUGGAUCACCCUGUAUGCUGUGGAGGCCCUCCCUGCCUGCCCCUUCUCCUGUAAGUGUGACAGCCGCAGCCUGGAGGUGGAUUGCAGUGGCCUAGGCCUCACCAUGGUGCCCCCAGACUUGCCUGCUGCCACCCGAACCCUCUUACUCUUGAACAAUAAGCUGAGUGCCCUGCCAAGCUGGGCCUUUGCCAAUCUGUCCAGCCUCCAGCGGCUGGACCUAUCUAACAACUUCCUGGACCAGCUGCCCCGGUCCAUUUUCGGCGACCUGACGAAUCUUACGGAGCUGCAGCUGCGCAAUAACAGCAUCAGGACCCUGGACAGGGACCUGCUGCAGCACUCGCCCCAGCUCCGCCACCUGGACCUGUCCAUCAACGGCCUGGCCCAGCUGCCCCCUGGCCUUUUCGAUGGACUCCCAGCUCUGCGCUCUCUGUCACUUCGCUCCAACCGUCUGCAGAACCUGGACCGGCUGACGUUUGAACCCCUAGCAAGCCUGCAGCUGCUGCAGGUUGGGGACAACCCAUGGGAGUGUGACUGUAACCUGCGUGACUUCAAGCACUGGAUGGAAUGGUUCUCCUACCGAGGGGGGCGCCUGGACCAGCUUGCCUGCACCCUACCCAAGGAGCUGAGGGGGAAGGACAUGCGUGUGGUCCCCAUGGAGAUGUUCAACUACUGCUCCCAGUUGGAGGACGAGAAUAGCUCAGCUGGGCUGGAUAUUCCUGGGCCACCCUGCACCAAAGCCAGCCCUGAACCCGCUAAGCCCAAGCCAGGGGCUGAGCCCGAGCCCGAGCCCAGCACAGCCUGCCCCCAGAAGCAGAGGUAUCGGCCGGUGAGCGUGCGGCGGGCCAUUGGCACAGUGAUCAUCGCGGGGGUUGUGUGUGGCAUUGUCUGCAUCAUGAUGGUGGUGGCUGCUGCCUACGGCUGCAUCUAUGCCUCCCUCAUGGCCAAGUACCACCGGGAGCUCAAGAAGCGGCAGCCCCUAAUGGGGGACCCGGAGGGUGAGCAUGAAGACCAGAAGCAGAUCUCUUCUGUGGCAUGAGAGCCCAGCCCCACUUGGCCUAGGUAGGACGGGCAGGGAGAACUCGCUGGGGAUCGCUUCAGUAAGGGCUGGCCCUUCCCUCCACCACAGUCCCCUCUUCCACCUUCCUCCCCAGCCCUCCAGCAAACAAGCCACAGUGCAGCCAUCGCCAAGAACUUCCAAGUCUCUGUGGGAGAUGCCCUUGUGCUAAAGGCUCCUGCUCAUGCCUCUCUCUGGGCCACCAAGUCUCUGGAACACCUGAGGGAUCUCCCUAAGCUUCUGGCCAUAGGGAAGAAAGGAUAUGUAUGCAAGUAGAGGCUUCUGGAUUCAGUGUUCCCCUGUUGUCCUUCCUGCCCUAGGUGUAGUCACAGCUGGGUAACUCUCCCUACCUCCUGCUCAUAGCGCCUCAUCGGUACAUAGGUGUGGGGAGGAAGAAAUCUGGGGGCCAGGGCUCAAUUUCCGUGACCUUCUUCUAAGCCAGGAAGAUGCUCUCAGCUGCCCUUCAGUGUCAGAUUCGGGUCCAGCCUUCAACUGCUAGUACUAACGUACAAUCACACCAACCCUGGCAUCUGGAUCCAGCACUUAGGAACACAAUUAUAAUACACUCCUUCUGUAGGAGCCAGCCAGGCCCUCUACCUGCCACAGGCCACACCAACCACACUGCGCCUGGCUUCACUCAUUCACUCUCACACAGACUCAGCAUCACCAGCGCAAUUACAUCGAUUGGAAAUCUCUAUCUGUCUGUCUGUCUGUCUCUCUCACACACACAAUCACAUGGAGACAGAGGUCAUGAGAACUUGGGGAGUGGAGACGUGUUUCCCCCUUGGGUCUCUGACCCUCAGGCCACAGAACCUUUUGCUUGCUUACUACAAUCUUCUCAAGUCAACAGGGGGGUGAAGCCCACACCGACAACACAAGGAUUCCUUUGUGAUCCUCUGAAGUGGGCCAAAGUGGUGCUGCUGGAUGAGACUGCCUGUCACCAUGGUAACCCUCUCACACCUCUCCUGCUGGGUUUUCCAGGGACACCAGCCCAGAGGCCUUGAAGCAGCAUGUGUGGAUGGCAGCCUCCAGAGAGCCCAGGCACAUACCACUGGGCGUUUCUUCAGCACUAAGGACAUCACCACUGCCAGGCCCCAUGGGGACACCCACCAAUUCCACUCCUAUAGCCUGCAGCCCAAGAACCAUUGCUCUGUACCCUUCCCCCUCCCAUCUCCCCAUCUUCAGCAGCUCUAGGCCUGGGACACCGGGGUGGGUCCUGGAUCAUGAUGGUGGGAUCUCAAGGAAGCUUACUGCCUGCCAACAGACCGCAAGCAGACCCCAGGAGCAGGGCAAGGGCUGCAUGUUCUGCCCAGAGGCUUCAGGGGGUGGGGUUUUGUGCACUUAGGGGGCUUCCUGGAGUUUUUAAUUGCACCUGGACUGGGCUCCAAACCAGAGUAUGGGCCAGGGUCCUGUUUGUUACCAGCCUACACCAUAGGGGUGGCAGGUGAGAAGUUGGCUGUGUGGAGAUUUGGGGGUCACUAGUCCCCUUUUAUAGGUCGGCCCCCUACAGAGGGAGUUCUGGGUUUCCCUCUGUUGGAUACCAGUUUUCCCAUGGCUUAUCAAGAGUCAGGAGGCAUCAGGCUGGUUUCUGGUCUUGCUGGUGGCCCAGGAAGAGACCUCCAGAACAUAAAGGCCAAAGGUCUGAGGAAGGACAGGGCAGGACAGGGCGGCCCACCUUGCCGUGCACCCCCCAAUUCUUCCACCUCAUGGAGGAUCAUGGUAGGUGAAGGGGGGAGGCUUGGGGGGGCAGGUAAUGCCUCUGAAAAAGGCCAGCCGAGGCCUCAGUGCAGCUGCUGAACAUGCCUCCCCGAGUCUGGGGGCAUAGUCUUCCUUCUUUUGGCUUUCUAGUUGAUACCUGAUCUAGGAGUUUUCUAAAGGAAAAGGAGGGGAGGGGUGGGUGUGGUCAACGGUGGUAUCUUCAGCCUGAGACAGAAGAUUUUUAAAGGCAAAAUUAUAUUUCUGGUUUGUUGUUUCAGAAGAACAAUAAAGACUGUAUUUUCCUA